AGGCUGUGUGAGAUUCAAGACCUGAAAAAAUGGCGUUGGCAGCAAUUGAUCCACAGCAGAACAUUGUAUCGAGGAUUGUCAACCUUCCCUUGGUGAGCUCCACCUAUGAUAUGGUGUCCACAGCUUACAUUACCACAAAGGAUAACCAUCCUUAUCUGAAAUCAGUAUGUGAGAUAGCAGAGAAAGGAGUGAAGACAAUUACUUCAGUAGCCAUGACAAGUGCUAUGCCUAUCAUCCAGAAGCUGGAACCACAAAUUGUAGUUGCCAACAACUAUGCAUGUAUAGGUCUAGACAAAAUUGAAGAGAGACUGCCUAUACUGAAUCAACCCACUGACAAGGUUGUUGCCAAUGCCAAGGAUGUAGUUGUUGGAGCCAGAGAAGCUGUAACAACCAGUGUGACUGGUGCCAAGGAAACUGUUGCUCACACAAUCACGGGAGUUGUGGGCAAGACUAAAGAAGCAAUGCAAGACAGCGUAGAAAUGACCAAGUCAGUUGUCAAUGGCAGCAUUAACACUGUCCUCGGAAGUCGUGUGGUGCAAAUGGUGAGCAGUGGAGUGGACAGUGCUCUCACUAAAUCAGAGACCCUUGUAGACCAAUAUCUUCCACUUACAGAAGCAGAACUAGAGAAAGAAGCUGCAAAAGUUGAAGGUUUUGAAGUUGGAGUUCAAAAACCAAGCUACUACGUUAGACUAGGAUCCCUGUCUUCAAAGGUCCGCAUACGUGCCUACCAACAAGCCUUAAACAAAGUUAGAGAUGCUAAACAGAAAAGCCAGGAGACAAUCUCUCAGCUCCACCACACUGUUAGUCUGAUUGAGUAUGCCAGAAAGAACAUGAAUAGUGCCAAUAAGAAACUUCUUGAUGCUCAGGAAAAGCUUUAUCAAUCCUGGGUAGAAUGGAAGAAAAAUACAGGCCAAAAUGAUGGUGAUGAACCGCAUAGCGCUGAGCACAUUGAGUCAAGAACUCUAGCUAUUGCACGGAGCCUCACUCAGCAGCUUCAGACCACCUGCCUCACACUGGUCUCAAGCCUACAGGGGUUGCCACAGAAUGUGCAGGAUCAGGUUUACAGUGUUGGGUCAAUGGCAGGUGAUGUCUACCAGAGCUUCUGGUCAGCAUCCUCCUUCCAAGAAUUAUCAGACAGCUUUCUUACCACUAGCAAAGGACAGCUGAAGAAAAUGAAGGAGUCUCUGGAUGAUGUGAUGGAUUAUCUUGUUAACAACACGCCGCUGAACUGGCUGGUUCCAGAUUUCACUAUUACAGACCUGUCUUCAGAGUCAGAUGAUAUCCCAGACAUUUUGGAUUUGGAUGAAGAUGAUCAACAAGACUUUUCACGCACAAAUGGCCCUUAUACUACAGGGCAAAGAGCUGAAUAAAGAGAAGCAUAAAAAUGUCUUUUUGAGACAAUGUACUUUUGCCAUGUUUAACUUAGAUUUUUUCCUUUUAAAGAUGAACCUGCCUAGCUUAGGGAUUUUGGGGAUAUUUUUUUUCAUCAGUACUGUUUCACUUAGCUGCAUCAAAAUUCUGAUUUUUUUUUCUACCUAAGGAAUGCAUGCUACAUUAAUUCAUUAGCAUGGGUGUCAAGCUCCCAUUCAACAAGCCAGGUAUAGCCUAACCAGUGUGUCCAGCUGAUCUAACCUUUGUUAACGAUUUGUUCUCCUGCUGGCAGCAGCCAUGAGAACACGCCAGUGCUUUGCAUAAAUGACUGCCAACAAAAGGAGUUGAUGAGGAUUUGCCCAUAAAAUUUCUCCUUUCCGUCUACAUGAACAGCAUUUCUGCAUCUACCUCUUUGCUGCUGG